AUGAGAGAUCCUCGUAGAAGAUUAUUGAUCUCUGCAUUAUUUCUGUCAAUUUUCUUCCUCCCGGUCAUGAUUCAGGUUGCUCAAGUCAGAGCAGAAUUUUCAGAUAUGUCAACAAUUAGAAGAGAGCAUGAAGAAAAUUUUCUCCUCUAUGACUGUCCAAAGUGUCUCGACAGACAGGAUCAGAGUAAUAUAAGUUCUGCUGCCCAUCCGGAUGAAAAGGAUAUCGAUAUAAUUGUUACAUACAGUGAUCUUUCUGGUGCUGUUCGAAUUAGGAGUGUCAGGUCCAGGGAUUUAUCUGCUUCCUGGGUGUGGAAAAGCCCUAGCAAUGAGAAUUAUAGCCUGACAAAGAGUUCACAGGUUGUUGAAGACCCUUUUCGACCUACACUGAGCUCCAGGGAUCCGGGCAGGUAUACAACUAAUGAUCAUCAAUAUGGAAGUCAAAUGCGUCAUCCACAAGCAUCAGCUGCGCAUCCACUGAAACUCAAACGACGGAUGUUACGAAGAGAAAGGAGAGAAAGGCGGACAGCAGAGCUGAUCCAACAAGACAAAGAGAUUGAUAACCAGAUGCAAGAAGCUGCAAUCAAACGAGCUAUGGAGCUUGACACCACUGUCAAGGGUAGAUAUAGUAUAUGGAGGAAAGAAUAUGAAAAUCCAAACUCUGAUUCCACUGUAAAACUUAUGAGAGAUCAGAUCAUAAUGGCCAGAGUUUAUGCAACCAUUGCAAAAGCUAAGAAUAACAAUAUGCUAUAUGAUUCUCUAAUGGAACAUUCUAGAGAAAGUCAACUUACUCUUGGAGAGGCAACAUCUGACUCUGAACUUCACCCUAGUGCUCUAGAACGAGCAAAAGCCAUGGGUCACAUCCUUUCUACUGCCAAGGACCAAUUAUACCAUUGUAUGACUAUAGCAAGGAAGUUGCGGGCCAUGCUUCAGUCAUCUGAAACGAAUGUAAAUGAACUGAAGAAGAAGAGUGCUUUCUUGAUACAGCUAGCUGCAAAAACUGUCCCCAAACCGUUGCAUUGCCUUCCUUUACUUCUCACAACAGAAUAUUACCUACGGGGUUAUGAAGAAAAGGAUUUCACAAAUAGAGAGAAACUUGAAGAUCCGUCUCUAUACCAUUAUGCCAUCUUCUCUGAUAAUGUGCUUGCAGCAUCUGUUGUUGUGAACUCUACAGUGCUGCAUGUAAAAGAGCCUGAAAAACAUGUUUUCCAUAUAGUAACAGAUAAGCUGAACUUUGCAGCCAUGAAAAUGUGGUUUCUUAUGAAUCCUCCUGCAGGUGCAGCAAUUCAAGUCCAGAAUGUAGACGAUUUUACAUGGCUCAAUUCUUCAUACUGUCCUGUUCUACGCCAGCUUGAAUCUGCACGAAUGAUAGAGUAUUAUUUCAAGGCACAUCAGACAUCAUCUCUCACUGCUGGCUCUGAUAAUCUCAAGUAUAGGAAUCCAAAAUACUUGUCCAUGCUGAAUCAUCUUAGAUUUUACCUUCCAGAAGUUUACCCAAAGCUUAAUAAGAUAUUGUUUCUGGACGAUGACAUUGUCAUUCAGAAGGAUCUGACACCUUUAUGGUCUGUUAAUCUGCAAGGGAUGGUAAAUGGUGCUGUUGAAACCUGCAAGGAGAGCUUUCAUAGGUUUGAUAAAUAUCUCAACUUCUCUAAUCCAAAGAUAUCUGAGAAUUUUGAUCCCAACGCUUGUGGCUGGGCAUUUGGUAUGAAUAUCUUUGAUUUGAAGGAAUGGAGAAAGCGUGACAUAACUGGAAUAUAUCAUCAUUGGCAAGAUAUGAACGAGAACAGAACUCUUUGGAAACUUGGCACAUUACCUCCUGGGCUGAUAACUUUCUACAACCUGACCUAUCCUCUGGAUCGGAGCUGGCAUGUUUUGGGACUAGGCUAUGAUCCUGCUCUUAACCUCACAGAGAUAGAGAAUGCUACUGUUGUCCAUUAUAAUGGAAAUUAUAAACCAUGGUUGGAUCUUGCCAUUGCAAAAUAUAGAUCUUAUUGGUCUAGAUAUGUGAUGUUUGACAAUUUAUAUCUUCAACUCUGCGACAUUAAUGAGUAA